AUGGAGAAAAGUAAUGGCGCAAAAGGCGUCGACAAUAUUACAGAAUUCAACACUUAUGAAGAAUUUCUAGAUUCACAAAUUACAUCCCUAGAUCUGUAUUAUCUGGAGGAUGAAGAUAUAGCGAGAGAACUAGUUGAACUCGGGUACAGAGGAAACGGAGAAGUACUAAAAUUAGAUGAUUUCGUUGCUAGAAAACAGGCUUUCGAAGCUAACAGGCUUGCUAAAAAAAACCAACAACAAAAUUUAAGUGCCCAAUGUAAAAUCCCAGAAGAAUUGAAACUAAUGAGUGAAUUAGCGAAACGAGAAGAUGGAAACAGGCAAGGCAUUAUGGCUACGAUAAUUUUCAUUAGGGACUAUAACACGAAAAAACAGGAAGUAUCAGGCUAUAUAGACUACGCUUACAGAUUAAAAGUUGAAGACUUUACUCAAUAUUUCAACGGCAAAAAAAAACUAAUGCCUAAGCUAUCAGACCUCAGUUUCUUCAACUGGGAGACGCAGAUGUCGACGUCAAAUUCGUCCAGCAACUAUCAGAUAAUUACAAAUAAUCCGACGGGGCUGCUGUUCAAAAACAGGCGAGACAGGAAAAUAAUGAACGUAGACCCCAGGGCAUUCAGUCCAGGAGAAAAUUCAGUAAGGAUAGAUGUUCUUGAUACAAAUUACAUACACGUCGUUCUCUUUGACCACAUAACUAGGAGGAAGUUCUGA